AUGGCGGCGGCAGGUCCGAGUACUCGGGCCUCUUCUGCGGCGGCGGCGGCAGCUCUGAGUCGGCGGGGCCGGCGGGGCCGCUGUGACGAGAUGGCGGCAGCUAAGACUGGGCCUCAGGGCGCGGCCUCUGGGCCCGCGCUGUUGGUAUUGCCGCCGCCUUUGCUGCAGCCGCCGCCACCGCCGCGGCCGGAGGUGUCGGGCUGCGCCGGGUGCCUGGAGCCCCCGGGGGAAGCGGCGGCCCUGCCGUGCGGCCACUCGCUGUGCCGAGGCUGUGCCCAACGCGCCUCCGACGCGGCCGGCCCGGGUUGCCCGCGCUGCCGCGCCCGAGGCCCGGCUUGGGCCCGCCGUCGGGCCCGCGACGACAGCCAGGCCGACGCGGAGGUGCUGGGCGAACGCAUCCGCCGGAGCCAGCCCGAGCGCUGCCGCCCGCGCCGGGACGGGGGUGCGGCCGCGGCGGGGCCCAGGCCGGAGCCGGAGCCGCGCGCCGCGCCUGCGGAGCCAGACUUUAUAUUCAGAGCACCAAUCAAAUUAAGCAAGCCUGGGGAACUUCGUGAAGAAUAUGAAAGCCUGAGAAAGCUGAGAGAAGAAAAGUUACAAGAGGAAAAAACCUCUGAAGAUCAAAUCCACAAUCUGUUACCAGAGGAUACAGAAACAGGGAAAAGGAAAAUGGAUGAACAGAAAAAAAGAGAGGAGCCAUUAGUACUGAAAACAAAUCUGGAAUGUUGUCCUGCACGUCUCUCAGACUCAGAGAAUGAAGAACCUUCUCGAGGCCAGAUGACACAGACACAUCGCUCGGCAUUUGUUUCCAAGAACAGCUCCUACUCCUUAGCUUUCCUGGCAGGGAAGCUGAACUCCAAGGUGGAGAGGAGUCAGAGCUGUAGUGACACAGCUCAGGAAAGAGUGAAGAGCAGACUCAGAGCAGCCCCAGCCAACAAAGCCAAGGUCACAGCUGUGACUCCAGCCUCCAACCCCAUCAUUGGUGUCCUCUUUUCCACUCAAAACAACCGCUGCCUCUCAGCCCCUGACUUAACCAUCGAAAAGCGUCUACCCUUUAGCUCCCUCUCAUCCUUGGCUUCCCUGCAUAAACCAGAGCGUUCUAUCAGCCCUGAGAGCAAUGACAGCAUCUCUGAAGAACUAAACCAUUUCAAGCCCAUUGUCUGCUCACCAUGUACUCCUCCCAAGAGACUCCCUGAUGGCCGUGUGCUAAGUCCCCUCAUCAUCAAAUCAACACCGCGCAACCUAAACAGAAGCCUGCAGAAGCAGACUUCUUAUGAGGCCAGUCCACGGAUCCUCAAAAAGUGGGAACAGAUCUUUCAGGAGCGGCAGAUCAAAAAGACCCUUUCAAAAGCCACUCUUACCUCCCUGGCUCCUGAAACAGGGGAAGACCUACUAAGCUCUGAAGUUACCCAUUCUAGCAAAGAGAAGCCACUUCUGGCUUUAAAUGCAAGAUUGUCCAGUGGGCAACUACUCUCCGAGUGUACUGGACCCACCUCCACUGACCUUGAUUAUUUCCCCUCUGUUAGCCAAACAAGAGCAGAACAGGACAGUGAUAGUAAAAGGAACACUGAGAUCCCAUUGGAAACCUGCUGUUCCUUAGAACUCAAAGGGGGAGCUAGUGGGACUUCUUUGGAGAGGGAACCAUUUGAGGGGUCAGGGUCAACCCCAGAUGCCAAGUUAGACAAAACCUGUAUAAGCAGAGCCAUGAAAAUCUCAGCAGUUAAUUCAGUGCUACCCAAAAACAGUGUUUUGGGUGGAGUCCUCAAAACAAAGAAACAAUUAAAGACAUUAAAUCAUUUUGAUCUGGCUAAUGGUGUUCUAGUAGACAGCCUAAGUGAGGAGCCACUUCCUUCCUUGCGUCGGGGCCGGAAAAGACACUGUAAGACCAAGCACUUGGAACAAAAUGGCUCCCUUAAGAAACUGCGACCAACCAGUGGUGACGUGGGUCUGGCCCCAACAGACCCAGUACUGCGAGAGAUGGAGCAGAAAUUGCAGCAGGAGGAAGAGGACCGACAGCUGGCUCUGCAGCUGCAGCGCAUGUUUGACAACGAGAGGCGGACUGUGAGUCGGCGGAAAGGAAGUGUGGAUCAGUACCUCUUACGGUCCAGCAACAUGACCGGGGCCAAGUAGCACUUAAUGGACAGCGUUACCGAUUUUUAAGAGGUCUUUGGCCUUGAUCAUUUAUACUGAAGAGCUGAGUGUUCUCACUUUGGUUUUCUUAUAAUGGCAAAACACUGUCUAAUACGGUUCUGAGAGGUUCCAGGGCCUUUGCAGUCGAUAUCCAAGGGAACUGCGUCUCUGUUUCUGUGUGACCCAGGUCAGAAGCACUCCUCACUCCCCGAGUGACCCACCCCUUGAGGGCUUCUGGGCCAAAUCUGGCAGCACCCACUUGGAAUGAGUUUUGGAAUGGCCUCAUUCAGGAACAUAAUGGCCACAGUUAGAAAUGGUAGAGGAAAGAAAGAGGAGAUACCUUCUCAAACUGUUAGACCUCCUGACUUCUUUCAACAGGGAGCUGUUUUAAAUCAGCCUUGCAGAUAAAAAUUAAUUCCAUCUGUUUCAAAGAAGUGGAACAGUAUAGUUCUUUGGGAGAUCCAAAAUGAUAGAUUGUUAUGUUCCUCUUUUUCCUGCCCCUUGCCACAAAUAAAUACCUGCCUAAAUCAGUUGAGCUAUGCUUCUUCAAAAGUUGAUUUACAUUCUCUGUUUUAAAAAUAACUUUGAUUAAUGCUGUAUAGUUGACAGAGUACAUUCACAGGCAUUGUUUAAUUUGGUCUUCCCAGUAGACCUAACGUACAAGCGAUAUUAGCCUCAUUUUUAGAUGAUGAAACUACAGUGCAAAUGUUCUUGUUCUCUCAACUACUAAGAGGCAUAGCCCAGACUGACUGGGUCUCCUGACAACAAAUGCAGUGGAUUUUCUACAGGUUUCCCAAAUGGACCACAAGCCAGUGGCAGGCCAGGGGAGCCUAGGGAAAGCAAGGCUGGGCAUUGAACACUGAUAGUGCAAAAUCCACAUGCAAAUAAUUAAGAUUGACAGGAUGUAUAAACAUACACUGUGCAGUUAUCCCCAUCCCCUACAGGUUCAGCCUUCUGUUUUCCUGGGGGUUCCAGCCUAUGAGACAUAACUACAAUCAAGUGUGAUUAUUACUUUCCACAUGGCCAAGGGUUAUCUGCAAUGUUGAUCUAAAAUCCUGAAGAUUCACCCUGAAGUCAGGCAAAGAACAAUGCUGAAACUCCAUACUAUGGAAAUAAGGUAUCUAGCUGGAUGCAGCUGGUAAAUUCAGUCCCAUGGACCUUUGGGGUUUAUUUUCCUUAGCAGCUGACACCAUGUGUCUUUUGCAUCCCUGGUGGUGCUUGGUGCUUCUGCCCAUCUGGGCUCAUUGAGAAUAGGGAUUAAGGUAUGAUUUUAGGGAAUCUCAGAUGGGCUGGCAUUCCCUGUGUGUGUAUGAGCUGUUACUAUAAAGUCAUGUGACUGGCAUUUUAACAAACCUUCCAGAGCUUAUAUAUCCCAAUGUAUGUUGUCCCCCUGAAUAGCCCCAGCAGGAUACUGCAUAGCUUUUCCAAUGGUAUUGCCAUUGGUGAAAACAUUUCUGGAACAGUCUUCAAAGACUAGAAACAUCUGAAAACAGACUCCCAAAAUGUUAGAACUGGGAGGGACCUUAAUGGUCAUCUGUUCCAACCUCCUCCUUUUACUAAGGCAGAGGCUAAGGUUCAGGACAGUGAUUCACUGGUUAAGGGAGUUAGUAUAACACCCUCUUUUAAUUCUUCUCAGGAGAUUUGCCCUCUUCUUCUCAGGGCAAAUCUGUAAUCUUUUGUGGUUACAGGAGAGAGAAUUUUAAGUUUGAAACUACCCAGGAGCUAUUUGAAGUCUCUGGGGAAGAAGGGGACUUAUCAAGAGGGUUUGAGUAAUAAAUGCUGUAAAGCAGUCAGAGCCAUUUUCUUGUGCAGCUCAUAGUUCCCAAACAGUUCCCAAAGAGAAGUUCCAGAGAUGUCUUAAGCAUUGUGGUCAUCACUGAGAUACGUAGAAUGUCUUCGGUGACUACUUUGGUGGGGAACAUUACUCACCUGAAUGUAUGUAUUCUGUGUUCUGUGUGUGUGUGUCUGUGUGUGUGCAUGCACGCACGCACAUGUGCAGAUGUAUGUUUAAGAAAGAUACAUUAAUUUCAUUACUUUAGAGUCACACCGCUUCAUUUCUAGGUCCUACCAGCAACAUAUGGCCUCCAAGGGCUGGAGGGCAUGUUAGUGCCCAAAACAGAAGAUCUGGCACUAGUCUGCAGAGGACAGCGAGGGUGACCUUACCAAAUGCCCUUAGAGAAAACUUAUCAGUUACUACUACCAUUUCAUGUAUUUCCUUUUUGAUUGUAGUAAAUAUUAUCGGAAGGCUAGUCUUGUUGGUAGGAGCAAAGACACUUAUUUUUCCACUUGCCACAUUUUUCUAUAUCUCCAAUAAUUUGAAAAACACUUUUCAGUUGGAAUUGAUUUUUGGUUUUGGUAAAAAGAUAAAUAUUUUUAAUAGAUAAAAGAUAUAUAUUUUAAAUAUUUCCCCAAAUUAACACUUUGAUUUUAAGAAAUUGCAUAGCAGUAGCAAAAAGUGCAGAGUGAAAAGCUACUUCUUGUUAAGUGAAUAUUUCAAACACUAGAUCCAGCUUACUGACUUUCCCUCUUGCACCUACUCUGAUGCCCAGGAUGGCAUUGACCGUGGUUUUCCAGACUUCCUUUUGAGCAGUAGAACUUCAAAUACAGGCAGAGUGGUUUAGGUUAAGGAGGGAAGAAGCUUAAUCUUUAAUCAGUGUGGCUUUGGAGGAAGAGAAAAAUCACUAAAAUAUUACCUGUAUUUUAAGUUUAAGAUGCUUCCCAUCCUUAGUAACUAAAACCUGAGUGCUUUUUCUCUCUGAAAAAUUUCCCUUUCUUGUUGCUUGUUAGUCACAAAUAGAGUUGUUGAUGUGGAUUCUUUGAGGGGAAAGAGUGAGAGAAAAAGACAAGAAAAAUAGAAUGAUGGGGGAGGUUUUGUGAGCUAGAAUGAGAGAUGUACUCUUUCACAAAAUGUAUUUCUCACAAGUCAUUGAAGUCCAAUUCACCAUACAAAUUACCCAUGUCUUACUCUAUUCCUUAUAUAUAUGCAUCCUGUGUUUUUUUUCAUUAAAGAAGUUAUGAGAGGUGGGAGGGUAAAGGUCAUUCUGAUGGGAAAUCCAAGUGGGGUAACCUUAGAAGGGGGCUUUCGGCUCUUUUUCUUAGAGAGGGAAAGACACUUUGGGAACAUGUUCAUGACCCGUUGAUUGUAUCUGCUGGAAGAAGUCAUCUGGGCCUGUUGGGUUGGUAUCGAAUCAGGGGAUUAUGCAUUCAGCCCCUGGCCCCUUUCAUAUAAUUGCCUCUUUUUAAAAAAGGUUAAAGUCUUGGCUGAGGCUUGCCGGGGAAACCUUUCCUAAGUGGCUUCAUUUAUUUUUUAAGAUUUUAGUUUGUAAAUUUUUGCUUGGAAGAAGCACUGGUGGUAAAUAUCUUCUGGUUUUUGUUUAUUUUCCCUAAAGGAAAAAUGUCCUUAAGAGAUUAAAGCUGCUUAAUUAAUUGCUGUCUGGUACAAACUGGCAAACUGACUCAAAUGGGAAGCUGCCAUUGUGUCUGACUGGUUCAGCUGAUGAUUGAAGGCCAUUCAUCCUUUCUUUUCCAUGUGACAUACAUUUCUUGAGCUUCAAAUUUGUGACUCAACCCUGUGUUGAGUCAUGGAGAUACAAAGACAGAAAGGACAGUCCCUGUUCUUGGGGAGCUCAGUGUCUAAUGGAAUGUAUUUGAGUGUAUGUGUGGCUGAAGAGUUUGUUAAUGGUCUUGUGAAAGGCCUUUUCUUUCAUAGCUGUUUGAUGGUCGCAUUUAGGAUUCUGUACAGCACCUAGCUGGCUGCAUUGGACAUUUUAGAGACCCCAUCAGUAUUUGUGAAUUUGAUUGCAACAUUGCUUUUCAUUUACUAAGUAAUUUUACCAAGGGAGAAUGAAUUUUCUCCUCUAGUGAUUACAGGACAGUAACAUCUCUUCAGGAGCUGCUUUUAGCUUAAGCCCCAAGAAAUAAGGCAGGUUGUGGAUCACUGACGUGGUCAGAGGAGGCCCAGACUUCAACUUAGUGACCUCCUAAUCUCUCCCCCAACCUGACCUGUCAUCAGAGCUGGCAGCAGCUUGAGAUUCCUUUCCUUUUUCCUGCCUGGCUUUUCAUUGAAAUGGAAGGCUGGCAGGAGAGGGUGAAAGAAUCAAAGGCUGGAUCAUAAUCAGAGAAUGUUAUGGCUAGAAUGGGCAUGGCAAUUAUCCAACUUAAACUUUUCUCUCUAUCUUUUUUUAACAAUUGAGGAAUUUGAGAUCCAGUGCCCUGUGCCCUGUUUUAUACUGUAGUUUUCCAUAGUCUGAAUAAAUAGUCCUUAAAGUUUUACACACACACACAUACAAAUUUGCUUAAUGAGAACACCCAAGUGAUUAGGAGGCUUUUUGUUUUUACAGCCUUUUCUUCCUAAUUAUUUCAGUUAGAAUUAAAAUGUGCUUGUAUCCCCCAGAUAUACACUCAGGUAGGAAAAAUCUCCAUAGUAUUAGUAAUGUGAAUGUUGAAUCUUGGGAAGUGAUAUAUUUUGAUUGGAAUUAUUGUCAUUUUAAUUAUAAAUUAAAUUUAAUAAUUUUAAUUAAGGGGUAAAAGUCAGCUAAUUUUUCUUUACAAAUCAGAAACUCCUUAGGGUUUUAAAUGUUUCUCAGCCAGCCUUUUCCUCAUCAACCCAUAGAAUGGUCUUUUGGCCUCGUCUUUAGAGUGAACAGAGCUGAUUCUAAAUUCUUGUGACUGAAUGAGAAAGGUUUAUGGGCGAGAGGAAGCAGAUUCUAGGGGAAGAGGCUGCUGAAUAGAUUUUCUUAUGAAGAUGAUUCAGAAAUGUAUUUUUACACGUGAUUGUUAUCCACUGUAGCUUUCUUAAGAAGUUUAUAGAGAAGAGACUUAGUUAUAUGCAGAGGUCACCAGUUUAGAGAUUAGUCAAAUUGGAUCAUGGAAAAAGUGCCAAGAAUGAAUGUACAGAUUGUUCUGUGUAGUAUCAGGAUUUUUAUUUCCUUCCUAAGAAGAAAAUUUACUCACUCUCCUUUGUGAGUAAAUGCCUCCUUGAUGUCUUGUCUGUAAGGUGGCAACUUUUCACAGCCUUCGUCUUCUGAGGGGCAACCUCAAACUCUGAGCAGGCUCCCUCCCUCCCUCCCUUUAUUGGUGUCUUAUCUUAAAUAAAAAUAAUAAUUGGACAAAGCCAAGGUGAAACAAGGCUUGUUCAUCUUCCUUUCCUCUCCUCUCGUGUAGUAUGAGGUAAAAACAGGCAACUUCAGAUAUCAAGCUGUUAGAGCUCGAGAGGCUGUUGGUUCCAGAUUAAUAUGGCAGCAGGCAGAUUCCCCUUGUUGGCACCCCCCCAAACUCCAAAGCUGUGCCACCAAUGGGAGCAGAGGCUCUUCCUCAGUGGGUUCCGAACUGUUUGCAUCAAACAUGGCAUCACCAACCUUAAGGCUCCAGCAGAGCACUUAAAAUCCUAAUGAAAGAAUAGAUACUAUGCAAGGGAAAAAAAUGAUUAUCUUAUAUGCUAAUGGAUUUUUUUUUUCUUUUUGCACCUGAUGUGCUGUUUACUCUCAAUGCUGUACAAAUAUAGUUGUUCUAAGGGCCUUUCACCCUCCUGCCUAGAAAUAGAAAACGGGUUGUGUGUUGGUUUUAUUCAAACUGAUGUCUGCUUUAGAAUUGGAGAAGGUACCUGGAUCCUUCCAGACUGCUACUGCUGGCUGCCUCCUCCUCAACUCAUCAUAAAGAGCAUUUUGACAAAGACAGAGGACUCGGAACAGGGCAUGCCUUGUCAGGGAUUCUUAUGCCAUCACGGAAAUGGCGUGGAAUCAAGUGGGAUGAUAUCUUGUUUAUUUAAACAGUACCAAAGCGCAUUUGCCUAUGUUUGCCUGCUUGAGGCGAGGCCCAAGUUGAAAACACAGUAAAGCAAACUCAUGAAAG